UCCGCUCCUGAUAGGCUCCUGUCAAGCUGCAAACUUUUCGCAGAACUGGUUCCAGUCCAUAGCAAUAGAACUCACUAGUAAGCAAUUGCAACUCGUUUCAAACUUCUUAUUGCAUAAUAGAGCUGCUCUAGAAUCUCACUGAAUUCAUUAAAAUGUUGCUGAAGUUAAAUAUAUGCACAAGAAUUGGAGGAACCUUGCCCAGGCAAAGAAAAAAUUUCAAAAUUCUUUGGUUUGGUUCAUGUAAUCAUUGUGUUUGUGUUGAAUUUUCUGGAAAAAUUGCAACUUUUGAAUCAAGAAUCGAUUUUGGUGGAGACCCAUUUGCUUAUAAUGGAGUUAUUGCAUUUUCUUCUUCUUGUUCAUCUAGAGGUGAUAGCCCUAGACUCAACAUAAACCCUAAUUUGUAUUUGAAAAAUGAUCACUGUGAUGAUACUGGAGAUGGGUAUUUUGUAAAAGAAGAAUUGGGUUCUACAGAAUGUAAAGAUUUGAGCUUUCAUGACAAUUCUUGUGAUGAAGAUGGAAAAGAUUGCAGCUUUAAAGAAACUGAUAGUAGUUGUAGGUUUGAUAGUGUGGAUGAGUUUGAAGAGUCAGAAAACGAAGAUGGAGGAGGUAGUUUGGACUGUAGUGAUGAUGAUUUUAAGGUUUUGGAUUCAUUUGGUAAAAGUCAAAGGCAAGUGAAUCGGGCGGAGAAUGUUGGAAUUUCUGAAAGAAUUGAAGGGGUUGAAGAUGAAAUGAGACACCCUUUGGUUAAGGAAACAUGUAGAUUAAUUGAACGUCAAUCGGGUUGGAAUCCGAAGCUUGAGAUUGAAUUGAGGCGUUUGCUAAGAAGUAUGAAGCCCCUGCAAAUUUGUGCUGUGUUAAGGUCUCAAUCCGAUGAAAGGGUCGCUUUGAAAUUCUUUUAUUGGGCGGACCAGCAAUGGCGUUAUCGACAUGACCCUAUUGUUUAUUAUGUGAUGCUUCAACUUCUAAGUAGGACAAAGUUGUGUCAGGGAGCUAAGCGAAUUCUUAAGCUGAUGGCACGUAGAAGAAUUUCGAGGAGACCUGAAGAUUUUGGUUGUGUGAUGGUUUCUUUUAGUCGAGCUGGACAUUUAAGGAAAGCAAUGCAGAUCCUGAAUGUGAUGCAAAGAGCAGGAAUUGAGCCUGAUUUAUCUAUAUGCAACACUGCAAUUUACAUUUUGGUGAAGGGGAAUAAAAUUGAGAAAGCAUUGAGGUUUCUUGAGCGGAUGCAACUAGUUCGGUUAACACCCAAUGUUGUUACGUACAAUUGUUUGAUCAAAGGUUAUUGUGAUGUGCAUCGAGUUGAAGAUGCAUUAGAGCUGAUGGCUGAAAUGCCGUAUAAGGGCUGUUACCCAGAUAAAGUUAGUUAUUAUACAUUGAUUUCAUUCUUUUGCACGCAGAAACAAACCGAUAAAGUGAAAGAGUUGGUGGAGAAAAUGGAUAAAGAUAGUAACUUAUUGCCUGACCAGGUUACUUAUAAUACAAUUAUACAUAUGCUUUCGAAGCACGGUCAUGCUGAUGAAGCGAUGGGAUUCUUAAGGGAAGCUGAAGAAAGAGGAUUCCAAGUGGAUAAAGUGGGUUACAGUGCUGUGGUAAACUCCUUCUGUAAAGACGGAAGAAUAGAUAAGGCAAAGGAACUGGUCAAUGAAAUGAUUGCCAAAGGAUGUAAUCCUGAUGUGGUUACUUACACUGCAGUUCUGAAUGGGUUUUGUCUUGUAGGGAAAAUUGAUCAAGCUAAAAAGUUACUUCAACAUAUGUACAAGCACGGUUGCAAGCCAAACACUGUAUCAUAUACUGCCCUACUAAAUGGGCUUUGCCGGAGUGGAAGGUCUGCGGAGGCAAGAGAGAUGAUGAGCAUUUGUGAGGAGUCGUGGUGGAGACCGAAUGCUAUUACAUUUAGCGUGUUAAUGCAUGGCUAUCGUAGGGAAGGGAAACUGUCUGAAGCCUGUGAUGUGGGUAGGGAAAUGAUUGCAAAGGGCUAUUUCCCUACCCCCGUUGAAAUUAACCUGCUAAUUCGAUCCCUUUGUCAAGAAGGCAGAGCAGAUGAAGCAAAGAACUUUAUGGAAGAAUGUCUGAAGAAAGGAUGUGCUGUUAAUGUGGUGAAUUUCACCACUUUAAUUCAUGGUUUCUGUCAAAAGAAUGAGUUGGAUGCUGCUCUUUCGGUUCUUGAUGACAUGUACUUGAUUAACAAACACCCUGAUGCUGUCACAUAUACAACGCUAAUAGACGGAUUGACAAAACAAGGAAGAAUGGAAGAGGCUAUUGAUCUAGCCAAUAAAAUGCUUCAUAGGGGCGUGCUUCCCACUGCUGUGACGUAUCGUACAGUCAUCCACCGAUUUUGUCAGCAACGUAGGGUGGAUGAUCUGGUGAAAUUACUGGAGAAGAUGCUUUCAAGACAAGGGUGUAAGACUGCUUAUAAUCAGGUUAUUGAAAAACUUUGUGGUUUCGGAUAUGCUGAUGAGGCUUAUAAACUGUUGGGAAAUGUCCUCAGGACAGCUUCAAGAGUUGAUGCAAAUACCUGCCACAUUCUUAUGGAGACCUAUUUAAAGGAAAGGAACCCUCUUUCAUCAUAUAAGGUGGCUUGUCGAAUGUUCAACCGGAAUCUGAUACCUGACUUAAAGCUCUGUGACAAGGUGAAGGAUAGAUUGAUGCAAGAUGGCAGAGUAGAAGAGGCGGACAAGCUCAUGUUGCGAUUUGUGGAGCGUGGCCGUAACCUGCCUCAGCUUCAGAGGGCUUGAAUUUUGACUAGUAAAGAGGAAAUCAUUGUGUUUCUCAGGAGAUGUUACUGUUCUGACAAGGCAAUGUAAUAGCUCGUUAUAUUUCAGAGAGAAGUUAUUGUCUCAGGCAGAACAAGAUUUCUGGAAAUGCUUGUAGUUUCAAAUCAGAGUGGUGAUAUGGACAUAUGUGCACCUUCACUCCCAAAUAUUUGACAUGCAACAGAGAUCUUUUGUCAUGGAGUUACAUCUGUAGCUGAAUAUUUUUAAUUUUUGAGGAUGUAAGCCAAUUAAUGGGGAAGAAUUAGACGCAGCAGUCUUACCUGGUUGAGCAUAUUUUUUGAAGUGCAAAGAUCUCCCGGAAAGAGUGGAAGUCGGUAAAGAUCUGGGCCAGUCUAAUGCUUUUUAGUAACACAAUAUAUUCCACAAGUACUACAAUAACAACAAUGCCUCAAUCCCAAGCAAGUUGGUGUCAGUUAUGAUGAUGAACAGCCCACAACGUCCGCACAGCGGAACAAGCACCAUGCAGGCAGCACCUUGUGACACUACACGCACAGCGCACCACCUUCCCCUGCCAACAGCUGACUGCUCGCCACAAGCAAUGCCACCGACGGACCUGCUACAAGCAUAUCAGCUCAUAACUAAAACACAUUCCUUACGUACAUGGGAUAAGUCUCUCAGCACUUAUGACCAGUGCAUUCUCCUAACAAGGCAAUCAUUGUUCCUUAGUAGUUAUUUCACUCACUAGCUAUUAGGUGUGUAAGAUUAAAUGAUAUAGUUGAUGAAAGAGUGGAUCAAAAAGGAUGAAAAGAGUUGGAAUUUGGAGCAUAGGAUUGAAGAAAUUGAAGAUUGAAAAGGGAAGAACAAUGUCUCCAUGAAGGUCAAUUGUGGAGCCAAAACUAGGGGUGCAAAAGUGCAUGAAAAAUGUUCUUAGUCGGGAAAAUUUGGAGCAAUGUCUGUCCAACUCCACGAUCUUGAUCGUCUCCACGAACUACUACAUGAUCUUAAAGGGCAUCUGAAGCAAAGAAUUGUGCAAGUUCUGCCCAGCUCCACGAUCUGAAUCGUGGAGCCAUUUCAGCCCAUGAACCAGGCCACGAACAUCGUCAUCUCCACGAACAAAGCCACAACUGGACAUCAGAGGGGCACUUUUGUCAAAUAUAGCAAACGACUAUAAAUAGCAAUUUAGGUCAGCUUUUAGGCAUCUGGGGAUCUUUUUGAACGUGGGAGAGCAGCUUUUGGAGUUUCCCUUAAGAGUUUUGGGUGAUUUUAUCAUAGUUUACUCAAUCUUUCUCUACUCUCUUCGCUAAUAUGUUUAGAUUAUCAUUUAUCUUUGUAUUUUCUUUCUUUAUUAUGGCUAGCUAAGCUUCUUAAGCUAGAUAGUGAACCCUAAGUGUGGUUAUGUUUUUAGGUUAUUAAUAUUAGUUCUAUAUUUGAUUAAGCUUUGUGUUA